AAACCAUUGUCGCUGCUAUUAAUCUCUGCCCCCCCCCAACUUCAUCUCACAUACACACCAAGAUACACAAUGGCCGACCGAUUCCCGUCAUUAGACGAAAUUGACGCUGGUCAAACCGAGGCGCGCGGUGAUGCAGCCGGCUUCGAACUUGUAGGCGACUCAAACGAUGCCGACGAUUUCCUCUCACGUGAGCGCGCUCUUCUCGGCGACGAUGCGGACCAGUUUGCUUCAGAAAACGACAGGGUGGCUACUGUCGAGGACGGUGACGACGACCUGUUGGGUGGAGACUUCAGCCAGGCCAACAUUGGCAGCCAGGAGAUGAGCGGCUUUGAGAGCUCCUUCCCUGCCAUUGACACGACCAAUGAUCACAUGGCUCCAGGUGGCACCAUCACAGGAUCAAGUCUGCCUUUCCUUCCCGGCCAACCCGCACCUUCAUUCACCCCCCAGCGAUCAGACUCACCAGAGCCUGACGUUAUCCGGGAAUGGCGCGAACGCCGUGACCUCCAGAUUCAACACCGCGAUCAAGUUUCGGCCGAGCGCAAGCAGAGGACCAUCCAAGAGGCACAGCAGAACAUUGACGACUUCUACGAGAACUACAACAACAAGAAGGACAAGGAGAUUGCAAAGACACGGCAAGAGGCUGAGGAGUUCCUCGCAAACCGGGACGACACUACUGCUGGCGGUACGAGCUGGGAGCGCAUCGCAAAGCUCGUUGAUCUGAGUGGAAAGGGCACCAAGGGCGGAGCCUCAGGCAGCGAGAAGGCGAGGUUCAGGGAGCUCCUGCUCAGUCUGAAGAAGGACGAAAAGGCACCCGGUGCAACUGGCUACUAGGGUGGCUACACAUGACGGGCACUUCAUGAUCUGUACGGGGCUCAGGGGAUGAUUUUGGCAUAUUCCAACGUCGCUGGCCGUGGCUCGGAGUUCAUGGAUAGGUUGCACGUUACUUCAUGCAGCUUUGUUAAUACAAGGAUGGCGUUUAUACCACUCGAUUUACAUUGGGCCCUCAUGCCUCUUUUGUAUUAGGGCGCCUUGAGAAGGUUGUCAAUGUUCAUGUAGACUCUGACUUUACCAACGGAGUUGCGGAGGCUGUUGAGAGCAUGCCUUGAUGGUGCAUUUUCACAGCUUGCGUAGUGGUUAUGCAGCACAACAUCACGAAUGCUACCAAUGUCUUCCAGAAGAUAUUAGUUAUGCUUCA